AUGCAGACCUCGUCCGCCAACGGCGCCAGCACUCAAGAGCAGCAUCUGCGCGCACAGCUUGAACUCCUCAAGAACCACGACGUCACCUCCUCGUCCUCGUCGACCCCUCCCACGCGCGACCCGAGGAACGCGACCCUUCAGCCGGCCCCAGCGCGGCCAGCGAAUGGAUACGACCCUUUGAUUGCUGCUUCUCAAGACGUCGCUCGCGCUCUCACUACUAAGUCCGAGGCCGAAGCUCACAUCCACCCCGAUCUUCGCGCCCGACCCAACCAAGUACCCACCGCCAACAUGAUGCCCAUCGCUCCUCCUUCGGGGCAUAGCCCUGGAGCUUCUGCCGGCCCCUCGGCUGCAUCUAUAGCUCCUGCGCCAACUUUGUCCAUGCUGCCCGAUGAUGGCUCCAAUGAUGGGAGGAAAGCUAAGCGCGAGCUGUCCCAGUCAAAGCGCGCCGCGCAGAACCGAGCUGCCCAAAGAGCUUUCCGCCAGCGCAAAGAAGGAUACAUCAAGAAAUUGGAGCAGCAGGUACGCGAGUACCUCGACAUGGAGCAGUCCUUCAAAUCCAUGCAGUCGGAAAACUAUGCGCUCCGUGAAUAUGUAAUCCACCUACAAUCUCGUCUGCUGGAUGUUCAGGGUGAAUUCCCACCACCGCCCCCGAACGUCAACCUGUCUCAACCUCCGCCAACCACACCUGGACCUCCUACAAACGUUCCUGAGCCGGCCCCGAGUAAUCCUGCCGGACCGCUCGAGGCCGUUGCCCAGGCAGUCGCGGGCUUGGCCGCCCAAGAGCAAAUGGUGGUUGACCGACAACAGUACCCUAGCCCUCAAUUCAAGCCCGACGACGUGAGUGAGGACACGCGAACGGCAGAUGAGAUCAACAGACAGCUACAGCAACCAGAUGAGGCCCAUACAGCGGCAUCAGCGGUUUAG